AUGUAUUCAAAAUUAUCAUUGUCGUCUUCUGUAUUGUUGCUGUUGUUACUGAUACCAGCGUUGUUCAUCGAUAAAACUGUUGGACGUUUUUUAACAGAACCACAAGGUAUCGAAACAAAUACUGGCAAAGAACAGGAUGGUGAUGAAGGAUUUGAUGGAAUUGGUGGUUCAUUUGAUGAACCAACAAAGGUUGAAGCAUUUCCCGAUGAACAGGUGCUUCCUGAUACAGCAGCAGCAAUUGAUGAAUUCCAAUCGUUACCACCAACUCAACAAGAAAAACCAAAGUUACAACCAAAUGAUGAAUCAAUGAUAAUUGUUACAGAUACUAAUCCGAUAAGUGAAGAUGUACGUGAAGAAUUUGAACCGACGCAACCACAAAAGGCUCGUUUGUCUCCACCAGACUGUAUACCACGAGAAGUGAUCGAAGAUAAAGGCGAAAGAUCCAGUGAAGAACUGGAUGCAAAAGAAGUGGCUGAAGAUUCUUUGUCACCGUUGGAUACUGGUAUCGAAGCAUCAACAUUCAGCAAAGUUACAGAUGCGAACAUGAUUGAAGAACCCUUUAAAAAGGUUUAUUUUAGGCCAUUGUGCGAUGAUUGA